CUCUGCACAGGUUUCAAUAAAUCUCCCCAGAUAAUGAGCUCAGCAGGAAGAAAGGAUAUCGGCCAUUCAGGCGUCUUGGAGCAUUACCGACAUCUUAUUGUGAAACAUCUUACUCUUACAUCUCCUGUGUACAGAAGGCUCAAAGAAAAUGGAAUCCUGACAACUGAGCAGAUUGGAUUGCUGGAGCUGAAAGAAUCUUCAGAGCAAAAAGUGUCCAAACUUAUCGAAGUGCUGAAAAGCAAAGACCAUCAUGUGUUCACAUCCUUCUGUGCUGUACUUCAUGAGACUGGUCACCAUCACCUUGCCCAAGUUUUACAGAAGGCAUCGAGUAACAGAACGUCCUUGUUACCAGAAGUACCAACCAUCACACAACAUAAACAAGUCCUAAAUGAAGCCAUUCUGCUGCACAAGGAAUAUGACGGGAAACUCAAAGAAGAAAAUCUGCAGCUGAGGAGGAAAAUUCAGAGAAUGAAAAGCAAAUAUGUGACAAAAUUGCAGGGACUUGAGGAAAAGAUAACUUUAGCUAAAUGGGAACGUGACCUCGCCAUCAAAGAGAAGAACAUCCUGCACAAUGAGAAUGAAGCUCUGCAGAAGCUUAAUACUGAACUUCGAGCACUAGUCACGAAAUUGGAGGAGGCCACCUUCCAUUCUGACCUACUGGACCUAAGGACUUACCAUUCCAACAUACAAGAUCUUGGGUUCAGUGUGGAUUACCUGAAAGAAAAGUCUAGAAGGCUUUAUCCAGAAACACACCUAGGUCUUGUGUACAGGUGAAAAAGUCAUAUAGCGCAGCAUUCCCAGGAUCUCAGCGAUUCUUUAUGAGUAAGACUGUGUUUUGUGGGAAAAUAUCAAAGUGAAUUAUCUUCAAUAACCUUUAUAUUAUUUAACCCCUUAAGGACCAAGCAUUUUUCUGUUUUUUGCACUCAUUUUUUCCUCCUUACCUUUUAAAAAUCCUAACCCUUUCAAUUUUGCAACUAUAAAUCCAUAUGAUGGCUUAUUUUACGCACCACCAAUUCUGCUUUGUAAUGACGUCAGUCAUUUUACCCAAAAAUCUACGGUGAAACGGAAAAAAAUAAUAAUUGUGCGACAAAAUGUAAGAAAAAAUGCAAUUUUUCUUUUAGGUUUUGGGGGCUUCCAUUUCUACGCAGUGCAUUUUUCAGGAAAAAAUGACGCCUUGUUCUGUAGGUCCAUACGGUUAAAAUGAUACCCUAUUUAUAUAGGUUUGAUUUUGUCGUACUUCUUGAAAAGUCAUAACUACAUGCACGAAAAUUAUUACGUUUAAAAUUGUCAUCUUCUGACCCCUAUAACUUUUUAUUUUCCCGGGUACGGGGCUGUAUGUGGGCUCAUAUUUUGCGCUGUGAUCUGAAGUUUUUAUCUGUACCAUUUUUGUUUUUAUCGGACUUUUUAUUCAUUUUUUUUUUACGUUAUAAUGCCCAAAAAUAUGCUAUUUUGGACUUUAAAUUUUUUUUGCGAGUCCGCCAUUGACAGUGCGGUUUAAUUAACAAUAUAUUUUUGUAGUUCAGACAUUUACGCAUGUGGCGAUACCACAUGUUUAUUUUAAUUUUUU